GGUUCCGGAUAUAACAAAUUCAUCUCAAAUAGCACCACAUAUAGAUCGUUUAGAAUUUAAAGAUGUACAAAAUUCAUUUAAUGAAUUAGAAUCAAUGUUUAAUGAGAUAAAAACAAAAAUUUCAAAAUUCAGACCAAACAGUGCAAUUAUUUAUACCGAUAUACGUAAAAAUAAUGUAGUUAUAUCUAUUUGUGAAAGUACAAAAAAUUUUCAAUUUAUAGAUGUAAUCGAAUCAUUAAACCCAAUAAUAAAUGUACUCGAUUGUCGCAAUCGUCAAGCAGUUCAAGAAGAAGGAAAUGAAAUUGUUGACAAAAGAUGUUUAGAAGGGUUAUUUUGUAUAAGGACAGUAGUGUUAGUCGGUGAUGGUUUAUUUAUAAGAGGUUUAUUGGUAAAAAAACGAGAUGAUAAGUACUUAAUAACUGCCGGACAUUGUUUUCUAGGGUAUCCUCUUGACAGAACUAGUAGAGUUGAUUGUUUUUAUAAACCAUGGAAUAGAACUACCUUACAACGUCAAAUAGUUGGGAGGUCAAUAAGAUACGCU